AUGAACUUACCAGGGAGGAGGUUCAGUGGCUUCACUACAAAGGGAAAACAUCUGGGAAGUAAAGUAUUUGGGGUCCUACUUGUGCGUCUCUUCCAGGGACAUCCAGGACCACAGGGCUCAGGCGGACCACCUGGAAAACCUGGACCCAGAGGAAGCAAAGGGCCGCCGGGACCCCCUGGCCCAGAUGGGCAACCAGGAGUAAUAGGACUGACUGGGGCUGAUGGGCUGAUAGGACCUGCUGGUGAGAGAGGGGUGAUGGGAUCCGUGGGACCUCCUGGUGAUGAAGGUGCUGUCGGAUUGGAAGGACAACAGGGAAACCCAGGUUCCACAGGCGUGGAGGGCCCACCAGGAAGAAAGGGCGAUCAGGGUGACAAAGGGCCCUGUGGAAAGCCUGGCACUCCUAGCCUCAAAGGGGUCGUCGGGGCUCACGGUGAUAAGGGAUUGUCUGGACCUCCAGGGCCUGACGGCAAAGAGGGAGAUGUUGGUAGUCCCGGUGAGGCCGGUGACCCAGGCCCUAAAGGAGAAAAGGGUGAUGUUGGGCCAAGGGGCUUCUCUGGGAUAGAGGGUCCCUGGGGUGACUCAGGGGAGAGGGGUGAGAAAGCACAGGCUGGAGACAAGGGUCACUUCGGCCUCCUGGGAGAGCCAGGUCUAAUGGGUGGACUAGGUCCAGCAGGACUGAGAGGCCUGAUGGGAUUUCCAGGUCCUCGUGGACUAGCAGGGCCUGACGGACCUCCAGGACCAAAGGUUUCUGUUCCAGUUCAGAUGACAAUGUUUAUUCAAAUCUAUAUAAUUUGA